CACGUGACAGUUUUCCGCAAUCACAUGACUGGCCAAAAGUUGGAUCGCCAAAACAAACAACUGGCUCGAGGAGGAGGCACUGGAAUGGCAGAUUGGACAAAGUUAAGCUGACCGUGGAGUGUGAAUAUUUUUAAAUGAACCCGCGGGACAUGCCAGAGAUUGCAUUAGGAUCCUCUGAGAUAAAAUGGCGUUGUUAUUGCCAUCAUCUGUUCUUUUGGUCCUGGUUUUCCUCACAGCUGAAUUGACCUUCUCUACAGGAAGCAAUACAUGUGUUGCCAGAAACUUUGGCCAUGACUCAGUGGUGUGUGAGUGUAAUUCAACCUACUGUGACAGUGUUGGAUCAGUCAUCUUGCCCCCACUGGGCCGGUACUCCUCCUACCUGACCAGCAUGGCCGGCAACAGACUGGAGGCAGGCCGGGGUCAGGUCCAGGUGAACAGCAGCGGUGCAGAGCUCAGGUUGACUAUUGUUCCCUACCAGAAGUACCAAAAGAUCAAGGGAUUCGGUGGAGCUAUGACAGACGCAGCAGCUGUUAACAUCCUGUCUCUUUCUGCUGGUGCACAGGACCAGCUGCUGCAGCAGUACUUUUCCCCUGAAGGUAUUGGCUACAGCGUGGUGCGUGUUCCCAUGGCCAGCUGUGACUUCUCCACCCGUCUGUACACGUACGCUGACACACCUGGAGACUAUAACCUGGACAAUUUCACCCUGGCCCCAGAGGACAUCAAGAUGAAGAUCCCUCUCCUGCAGCGUGCUCAGGCCUUGUCUCCUCGCCCCCUGUCUCUGCUGGCCAGCGCCUGGAGCGCCCCCGCCUGGAUGAAAACUAACGGUGCUCUCAUAGGAAAGGGCUCCCUGAAGGGCCAACCUGGGGGCAAGGAGCACAAAACCUGGGCUCAGUACUAUAUCAGGUUCCUUGAGGAAUAUGCUAAAUAUAACUUGACCUUCUGGGCUUUGACCACAGGGAAUGAGCCCUCUGCAGGACAGAUAACAAACUACAGUUUCCAGGCUCUUGGCUUCACUCCUGAGGAGCAGAGAGACUGGGUGGCUCUGGACCUAGGCCCUGCCCUGCAAGCUUCUUCACACCCACGCACACAUGUCCUCAUACUGGAUGACAACCGCCUGCUGCUGCCUCACUGGGCUAAAGUGGUCCUAAAUGACAUUCAUGCAGGAAGGUACAUUCAUGGCGUUGCAGUUCACUGGUACAUGGACAGCCUUGUCCCAGCAGAGAUAAGCCUGGGAGUCACCCAUCAUCUCUACCCAGAGUAUUACCUGUUUGCCACAGAGGCCUGCUCUGGCUGGAGCCCACUGGACAGAGGGGUGAAGCUGGGCAGUUGGGACAGGGCUGAACAGUACGCACAUGAUAUUAUAGAGGACUUAAAUCAUUAUGUGGUGGGGUGGACUGACUGGAAUCUGGCAUUGGACCAGACUGGUGGGCCAAACUGGGUUAAAAACUUUGUGGACAGUCCUGUUAUAGUGGAUGCGCAGCGAGAUGUCUUCUACAAGCAGCCAAACUUCUACAGCAUGGCCCACUUCAGCAAGUUCCUGUGGGAAGGGUCUCAGAGAGUGGGUGUGACCGCCAGUCGGGAAACAGACCUGGAAUACUCUGCCUUCAUCAGACCAGAUGGCUCAGUAGUGCUCAUCAUACUCAACAGGUCAUCAUCAAUGAUCCACUUUGAGGUAUGGCAUCCCGCUGUGGGCUACAUCUCCUCCACUUCACCAGCUCAUUCAUUGCUCACACUUGCGUGGAACACACACUGAGCGUUAAUACAAGUUCACAUUUGUUUCAACAUCAA